GAGAGAGAGAGAGAGAGAGAGAGAGAGAGAGAGAGAGAUCUCGGAAACAAAAGCAGAUAGCCACUCCCCCCCCUCCCCACCCAACCUCUCUCUCUCCCUCUUUCUAUAGCUCUUAUUGAACUUUUCUCAGCUCAAAAAACCCUAGAACUCCAUUUUUCUGAUCCGACCUCCUUCUUUCUGAGUGUGUUUGUGCGUGAAUUUGUGUGACAGCGAUGGUCUUAUAGGAUAAAUAAAGGAUUGAAAACAUAUAUAAGGAUUGAGGAUAUUCUUUAACCAUAGUCUUUCUAUUGGAAUGUCUAAAGCGGUGAAAAUUGAUGUACCUUCAGUACAAAAUAAGAGUCCAACUGGAGAAAGCUCAAGUCCUAAAAAACUUACAUCAGAAUUAAAAGAUGAAUUUGGUCCUAGAAGUCUAUUUGACGUACCAGUGGAGCAAAAACAUGAAACAGAUAGAGAUAUGCGAAAAGGACUGACUGAAGCUAAAACUCCAGUUUCUGACUCUAUCAGUGUUGAGCAAUUGAGACUUUCAGAAGAUUUAAGUAAGAAUUCAAGCUGUGAACCAUUUGGAGCACUACUUGUGGAUGCCAGUAUUAAGUGUGGUCUCAUCCAGAUGGGAGUAGUAGCUGAAAGUGUUACCACCGAGAGUUCAAAUCCUAGACAAAUAUUGUCUGAACCAACUCAUGAAUUAGGUUAUGAAUGCGGCGAUAACAAACAACUGGAACUAAAAGAGGUUAUUUGCAUUGAAGAUAUCGCAAAAGGACCACUGAGAACCUGGACAACGGAAUCUGAGUUAAUAGAUGUCAAACAAGUGAGGCUGUCUUUUGAAGAUGCGGAUGCUGAUCAAAUUGGACCACCCCUGGGAGAUCUGGCCGUGAAGUCUAUCCUUGUGCAAUCAGAACUGUCACCUGAAAUUGUGGCUAUGAAUUCUAGUCUUGAACAUCUGCAACCACCUCUUGAUGAUGCUUCCAAAGUUUCUGGUCUUGAACAAUCAGGACCAACACUAGAAGACACAAACAAGGAUACUUGUCAGUUGGGGAAUGGAGGUAAAGAGACUUCGGCACAAUCAAGAAAAAGAAAAAAUACGUUGAGAUCUUCGGUAGGUAGUGCCAGAAUUUUGCGCUCUAGGUCGAAAGAGAAAUCUGAAGUGCCUGAGCCAAGUAAUAAUGUAGCAGAAGACGGUGCUGACAGAGAAAAGAAAAGAAAGAAGAGGAAAGAACAGAUGAAGGAAAAACCAGUCAAUGAAUUCUCAAGAAUAAGGACCCAUCUGAGAUACUUGCUACAUCGGAUGAAAUAUGAGCAAAACUUUAUUGAUGCUUAUUCUGGUGAAGGCUGGAAGGGACUAAGCCUGGAAAAAAUAAAGCCAGAGAAGGAGCUUCAACGUGCUAAAUCUGAAAUUUUCCGUCUCAAAUUGAAAAUAAGAGAAUUGUUUCAACGCAUUGAUUUGUCAUGCGCUGAGGGAAAGCUUCCAGAAUCUUUGUUUGAUUCUGAUGGACAGAUAGACAGUGAGGAUAUAUUCUGUGCAAAAUGUGGAUUUAAGGACGUGACAUUGGCUAACGAUAUCAUACUCUGUGAUGGUGCUUGUGAACGUGGAUUCCACCAGUUUUGUUUGGAACCACCACUGUUAAAAGAAGACAUUCCUCCCGAUGAUGAAGGCUGGCUUUGUCCUGGAUGUGAUUGCAAAGUUGACUGUAUUGGCUUGCUUAAUGAUUCUCUAGGAACAAAUCUUUCUCUCACUGAGAGCUGGGAGAAGGUUUUUCCUGAGGCAGCACGCGGAAAUAAGCUAGAUGAUAAUUUUGGAAGUCUGUCAGAUGAUUCUGAGGAUGAUGAUUAUAAUCCUGAUGGUUCAGAGGUGAAUGAAAAGGUUGAGAGUGAAGAAUCAAGUUCUGAUGGAUCAGAUUUCCCUGCUGCAUCUGAGGGUUUGGGUAACCCAAAGAAUGACGAACAGUUGGAUCUUUCUUCUGAUGAUUCGGAGGAUGAUGAUUUUGAUCCUAAUGCUCCAGAUCUUGAUGAGCAGCUUAAGCAGGAAAGUUCUAGUUCUGAUUUUACAUCUGACUCUGAGGAUUUUAGUGUUGCAUUUGAUGAUAGCAGACUCUCAGGCAGAGAUCAAGGUCCCAUACCCUCAUUAUCAAAUCACGUGAGUCCCUGUACAAAUUCUAAUGGAGACAGAUCUAAACUCGGUGGGAUGAAAAGACGAUCUUUAAGUGAUGAGCUGGCAUUCAUUUUGGAGUCGGCUCCUGCACAUGUAUCUGUGAGAAGACAUGUAGAAAGGUUGGACUACAAAAAGCUGCAUGAUGAAGCAUACGGAAAUGUUUCUUCUGAUUCCAGUGAUGAAGAUUUUACAGAUGCCGCUGUUCCAAAGAAAAGAAGGAAUAAGACUGGGAAAAUUGCUUCGGUGUCACCCAAUGGAAAGUUUCCCUUGGCAAAGAAGGUGAGAAAUGCUAGGGAUAUGAAGUAUGACCAGAAUGAAAAUGAAAAAACUCCCAAGAGAAGAAAUCAAAAGAAGCUAGAUCUUGAAGACACAUAUAGUUCACCUGCUAAAUCUCAAAAAGGUUCUUCUGAACCUGGUUCUAGUGGUCAAAGUAUUACUACAUCACCACAUAAAAGGCUUGGUGAAGCUGUAACUCAGAGACUUUUUGAGUCAUUUAAGAUAAAUCAAUACCCUGAGCGAGCCGUGAAGGAGAAUUUAGCGAACGAAUUAGGCCUCAGAGUCCAGCAGGUCAGCAAAUGGUUCGAAAAUGCUCGUUGGAGUUCUCGCCAUUCAUUACACAUGGAAUCACAAAUAGCUGAAAGUAGCCGAAACAGGGGCACUCCGCCACCUGAAAUAAAUAAAAAACCACUAGAGCCUGAACCUAAUAUGCUUGCAAAGGGUGCUGCUUGCAAUGGGGUUCAAACUUGGAAAGAAGGCUGCAGUGGAGAUGGAAGGACAGGAAAUCUGGUGUCCAAGAAGGCCAGUGGACAGAAAUCUGUAACCCCAAAGCCCAGAAAGAGAAAAUGUAAGUCGGAACCGAGGGCAUCAGGUCGGAAUUCAAGUAUUGGGGAGACGCCAAAGCAGAAUGUGCAAGAUAACCCACCAUCAGCUCAGCAAGUGAAAAGAAGUGACAGAAUGCAGACAAGAAGUAGGAAGUCUAUUGCUUGACUAUUUGAAAUUCGAUAUAGUCCUCAGACAACAAUUUUGAUCAGUGAAUACUUGAAACUGCAACAACAGCUAAAAAGAGCAAAAUUUAUUCAGAAGAGUAACUGAAGUUGAUGGGAAGGGUUUCUUUUCGCUGAGAAGGUAAUCCUGCAACGUCGUUCUGUAAUUCAAUGCUCAUGCACAAAGAUAACUGCUCCUAUCUGACCACGACGACUCUUACAUGGAUUGGUUGGUGGGUGACCUACUUACACGAGACAGUGUACUUGAUUGAGCAGGACCAAAGUGUAGUUUGCAUGGCUAGUAGUUUGAGCAUGGGAACACGCAGGGUUCUAAGGCAUUACCCUGCUGCAUAGGCCUGGCCGGGGUUGGGGUGAAGUCAUGCAAUGAAAAUGGAGCUCACAUUUCGAGAUAUCAUGAUCCCUUCAUUCUGAAUUGUCUUGGAAACACAGGUUGAAUGCAAUCCUACUAUGAAAAAGAGAUGAAUCAAAUUUUCAUUGUUUCUUCCAUUGUUGAUUAUGAUAUGUAUUCUGAAUUUCAUCCACAAACAGUUCUGAAAAUAUUGAGUUUAUAUACAUUGGCAGAAGAUUAUAUUAGCUGUUGUGCAGGGCAUCUAUGGCGAUUCUUCGUAUUUACUGAUAUGUCAGCAAACAUUUUUCAGCAAUUAUAC